UUGUAAUUAAUUAAGUAAAUUCGUUCAACUCUUUUAUCUCUUUUAACGACGAUUGUUUGUAUACAUAGUGUAAAUGCUCCGUUAGUUGUGUGUGAAUAUACUUUCUGCUUGAACUUUGAACUAUGUCGGGAUUUUUCGAUCAAAUUCAACACCUUUACGAUCAAGCUCUGUAUUCGAACGUUAUAUCUUUGGCAAAUUUAGUUUUGUCUCUCAGCGAUCACAACAACGAAAUCUUGCCAGCCUGCACAAAGUUUCUCGUUUACGUUUAUUGUGCAGAUUCACACUUUUAUCUGGGCAAAUUCAAAAGGGCGGAGUCACUUUACAAAAAAUCACUACAAGUACGAAAAUGUUUGUUAAAAUCCAAGGGCUCUUCCGCAAAAUUAAAUUUGGAAGGCCGAAAGGAGAUCGUAUCAGAUGUAGACAUAAAAUACCAAAUUUAUGCCUGCCUAAUGAAAUUGAAAAACCAUCAGGAGGCACUCCAAAUACUGCAAAGUAUUCCUGGUAAACUGAGAACUGCAAAGGUCAAUAUGGCUCUGGCAAGGAUGUUUCAAGAGCAGGGUAUGGAAAGAUCGGCUAUAGCAACGUACAAAGAAGUUUUAAGAGAGUGUCCUUUGGCACUUGAGGCUGCGGAAGGUUUACUUGCAUUGGGAGUGAAAGGCAUUGAAGUCAAUUCAAUAAUUAUGAGUUGUAAUUUAAAUUUAACCAGUUUUGAAUGGCUCAAUGCGUGGAUAAAGGCUCAUGCUCACAUAAAUAACAGAGAAUACAAUCACGCGGUGACUACUUUGCGAUCUUUGGACAGUAUUAAUUGUUUGAGAGACAAUUACAAUCUUUUAGUAAUCAUGGGAAAAUGUUACUAUUAUUCGGGAGAUUACAAAAAUGCCCUGAUGUGUCUGAGACGAGCAAGAGCGGUCGAGCCAGAUUCAACUAAAGGUCUUGACACAUAUGCAGCUGUGCUGCAUCGAACUCACCACACUGUAGAAUUGGAAAAACUGAUUCCAUUAAUAUCUACGAUGAGCGAGCGCUCAGCGGAGGCUUACACAGCACUGGCUUAUGCUUUGUUUGCCCUCCGUAAACUAAAUCGAGCCAACACUAUUGCUAACCAGGCUAUAAUUAUAUGCCCACGAAACGUCGAAGCAAUCAUUCUCAGAGGCAAUAUUCUCAUAGAACAAAAAAAAUACUCGGACGCAUUGAAUCAUUUUCGUCAAGCCAUGCAGUUAAAACCUUACCGAUACGAAGCUCACAAAGGAUUGGUCGAUUGUUUUGUGGGGAUGCAUCGCUUGAGAGAAGCUUCAAAUAUAGCUAGUGGCGCUCACAAACAACUUGGAUCCACAUCACGAGUUUUAACGUUGUAUGCUUCAGUCCUGAUGCGAGAUCCUGUUACUGUAGGAAAAGCAAAAAAUUUGCUUGAAAAAGCUCUGAGUCAAGAAGAUACUUACUUGCCCGCAGUCUAUUAUUUAGCAGAAAUUUACGAACAAGAAAUGAACUUGGAAGCUGCUAUAGAACUCCUCGAAAAGCAAGUUGACACACAACCGACGUGCAAAUUACAUCAAAUGCUUGGUGAUUUGUGGGCAAGGCUACACAACGCGGAAAAAGCUUUAGAUCAUUAUGCUAUUGCGUUAAAUAUUAACCCUAGCGACAGAAGAGUGUUGGAGGGCAUGCAUAGAUUGGAAGGAAAUUCCAAUACUAUAGAGUCUUCUUCGUAUUACAUGACUGUUGGUGAAGAGCAUACGGAUCCUUCGUAUGAAGUAGGCGAAGGUCUACCUGACACUGAUAAUGACGAUGCGGUAGAUGAAAGCGAAACGGAGGCUGUUUGGUCAGAUAUGGAUUUAGAAGCCAGUGGCCAAUAACCCGAUUGAAUUAAAAAAUCAAUUGAGUGUGCCUGUUGACAUUUAUUUUUAAUAUUUUUUAUUUUUUUCUUUGUAAAUAUGUGUAAUGAUUUUUGUUACAUUUUCUUGAGAACAUUCAAAUGAAUUUAGUUUAUAUUAUUCAAAUGAAUUUAAUUUAUAUUAAAAUAUGGUCUUUUACAAAAAGUCUGAUCUUUUUUUACAAUUGUAUACCUGUAUUUUUCUAUGAAUCGUAAUACAAUUUGAUUGAGUGUUAGUGUACAUCCUUCAAUUUUCUCUCUCUUUUCUUCCUUGUAUGCUAUAUCAAAAAUAAAUUGAAAUUUACUGAUUUAGCUUACUUUUUACAAAUACGUUGUAUGCAUGGAAUAACGAUGAUUUGUUGACUGUUCUGGUCGACUAAACGUAACGAUGAACCUAUCAAAAUUUAAAAUCAAACGUCAAAGUUAAAAUUAUAAAUACUCCAUUAUCUAAACAAGCAGUAUUAAAAUUGUGUGGUUUUAUGUAUUUUUGCGACAGCAUCUUGUAAACACUUACAAAUGAACACGUUCAUUGAAAGUGGGACAGCAGGCACUGCAAUUCGCUACUGAUUGAAGGAAAGUGUAAAUUAAAAAAUGUUUUCAUCACACAAUUUAAUGGAUUUUAUAUCAUCUUUAUUGUUUUUUUUUAGGCUCCUUCUUCACAACGAAAAACGAGUAAAAAGUUGAAAGCUGUUAUUCGUUAUUUUCAUGUUAUUCACCGAUCCUUUUCUAUUCCAAUUCGUAACUUGAUAAAAAUAUUUUUUAAGAGUUUUGAUAGCUUUUUAAGAUACCGAUUAAUUUUUUCCCGCGAAAAAAGGCUUUUUGUAAAAAAGAAGGCACCAUUGGAAGAUAUAAAAAAGUUAAAAAUCUAUCGAUUCACGCCUUUGAAAUUUGUGUUACCUAUUCAAAUGUAGGUAUUUCCCUUAAAGAAGUGCUCUGCAAGUGUCUGCUGAUGCGGACCCUCUUUCAAUAGGCACGUUCGAUGUACAAAAUUGUUUCACGGAGACAUCAAUUAACCCAUUGUUGACUACUUUUCAUUAUAAUCAACAACAGGAUCGAUGUUGUUUUUACGUAGGAAGAAAAAAAAAAAAAAAAAAAAAAAAAAA